CCCUCUCUGGUGCCGGCAGGCGUCAAGCGGCACAGAACCUGUGCGAGGCUCCAACAGGCCCCCUGAUCUGUGGGAACGCUCCGGCUCGCGAGCUUCCCACGAUACGCCACGGCUGCUGGCUGGCUGGCUUGGCUUAUGUGCACGCGGGCUGCAGGGUUCGGCACACCGUGCCUCUCGUACCCCUCUGUCGUCCGGAUAUGGUGGGGCACGACGAUGGCAUAUAAAUAACGGGUUGUGCCCCACCAGCGCUCAGAACCAUCACGAAUACGUACGGACUCAGACGCAUUCUCGGCACUCCGAGUAUACACAGUAGUAGAGUCACGACGAAAUCGUUUUCCGAUCCGUACAUUCGUUCGAUAAGCCUUCGACGGUAUCCGUGAAAAUCAUCGCGGAUUCCCUCCCCCCCGCCUGGAGCCUUGAUCCGGGACGCGCAACGUCAGACAGACGUCUGCCAUCCUCACUGGACUUUCGCGCCUUGUUUUGUGACCAGUGAUAUAUAAACACGACCAAGUGUGUCCGAUCGUCAUGUCGCCGCACACGAGCUACACGCCUGUCAGCGGCAUGGAAUACGAGGAGCCGGUGUCACGCACCUAUCAAUAUCGCAAGGUGAUGAAGCCGAUGCUGGAGCGCAAGCGGCGCGCCCGUAUUAAUCGUUGCCUGGACGAGCUGAAGGACCUGAUGGUGACCGCUCUGCAGGCCGAGGGCGAGAACGUGGCGAAGCUGGAGAAGGCCGACAUCCUCGAGCUCACGGUGCGUCAUCUUCACACGCUGCGCGCCGCCCGACGGCUCACUCUGACGCCGGAGAACAGCUACGCCGAUCGUUUCCGCGACGGCUUCACCCAGUGCGCUCAGGAGGUGUCGACCUUCCUGUCGACGCCGGUCGCCGCGGCGGUGCAUCCAGCCGCCGGCGCUCAGCUGAUGCGACAUCUCGGCGGUUGUCUUCGACGACUGGAGGGUCCGACCGGCGCCAAGCAGGCGUCCACGACGGCGACGGCGUCAGCGACGAAGACGGUGCCGGCGAACCAGACGAGCCCGCUGCCACAGAACGUGUACACCCCGCCGCAGAGCCCUGUCAGUGUUGCGAGCUCCUCCGGCGAGUCCUCGGAAUCCGCCAACGCGGUCUGGAGACCCUGGUGAUUAAGCACACCCGCUGUCGAUAAUGAACGUCCUGGGAUGCGGACGAUCGAGGUGUGAUCGUAAUGGACGAUUAUCUGGACGCCGACGACGCCGCAACGAGGAAAACGACGAAUCACUGUCUUCCAAACUGUUGAAACUUCCGCGAUGCCUCGUUGAGAAUUUCGAGACACGCUUCGCGCGUUAACUUCGCAACGGGGUUUAUAUUCUGUCUUGUAUUGUACAUAGGUGAUAAAGCUUUAAGUGACGUCUGUGAUAGGGUUCCAUUUUUGUACCUGAGAUGACUAUUUUCUCGUAAAGUAUAGCGACUAUUAUAUAGAUGUUAACUUGUUAUGUUUAAGAACCUUUUUCUCGACGCAAUAUCAAUUGACAUUUCUGUUAAGAAAUCGUCGAGCUUGCACGAUCAUCAAUAAAUGUCUUGUUUCAACGAUAAAUGAUGCCAAGUCAAUUAUCACUCACACACUGCGCAUCCUUCUCUUCCUCAUUCACUUUCUCGCAAUGACGAAGCCAAAUAAAAAGCGCCACUGUACAAAGUGCUAUUUUAUUUCAAGAAUAUUGUUUUCUUACACAUAAAACUUAAAUACAUUAUUUUAUCGCAUAUGUGAUACUCUCUGUAAUAUAACGUAAUCUAUAAUAAUAAAUUAGCAUAUUUUUACAAAUUAUGUCGGCUAAAAGAGUCUGUUUGACUACUGAAAUUUCUCCAAUAACUUAACGAUGAAUCACUUUGAUGUUUACGCAACAGUGGAAAUUUUUAGUGAGUCAUUAUACAAAUUU